AGGCAGGUCUAUCAUGAACCCAUUACCUGUAUCAAACUUUAAUUGUGGACAUCGCAAAUUGUUUGCCUAGAAACUGGGCUGAAAAACUUGUCUUAGCUUCGAAAAUAUUUUGCUGCAGAUAUCAGAUCAACAGACAAGGCGUUCUUCAAAUUCUUGACACCAAAUUGUUAUCAGCAAGUGACGCCACCUUCACCAUGUUCCUUCUGGAGAUUACCGAGCACCUUGUGCUGGCCUUAGUGACCUUCACCCUGCUGGGCAUAUAUCGGCGAGCAGGGGGCUGGGAGGUGCUCAGGAUUUUGGUGCUAGCCGUAAAACAGAUGCCUGGCGUUGGACCACUGUUGAGCUCUGUACUGAAGUCCGAGGCGAGUAACUUCAUCAAAACGACCAAGCUCGCUUCUAAAGGUGGACCUCCUGCUGCUGUCGUCCUACCGAAGAAGGGCAAAGGAAAAGACGAGCUCUUGUCGCGGAUGAAGGAGCUGCAAGAGAAGGAGUCGGACCACCUGGAAGGGAAGACGUUUGCCUACACCUACACCGUCACGGACGAUCACUACCAGCUGCAGAAAGACGUCUUCGAUCUUUUUACUGACAAGAUAGGCUACUCGCCCGAGCAUGACACCUUGGUCAAGUACUUCCAGCGGGCCUUCCUGCACGAGAAUGCCCUGAACCCCAUGGUGUACCCAAGCCUCAGACAAAUGGAGACAGAGAUCGUGAGCAUGACGGCAUCCAUGUUGAAUGGCGAUUCUUCCUGCGUGGGAUUCCUGACUUCGGGUGGCACUGAGAGUAUUCUAAUGGCGGUCAAAGCUUCGCGGAACUGGGCCAGGAAACAAUGGCCCUGGAUCAAUAACCCAGAAAUUGUAAAUUCUCUAAGAGAGUACGCUUCCUAUGAGAAGAGGUUGGGUCUUUUUUUUUUAGUGGGGGGGCUGUUUUUUGUUGUAUUGUUUUUUUAAUCGAGUAUCUCCGUUUGUCGAUGACAGGCCUUGAGCCCAAACACGAUCCUGAUUGGCUGUUCAGCCCCACAGUUCUGCCACGGCAUCGUUGACCCAGUGAGAGAAGUCUCCAACAUGGCGGCCAAACACGGACUGAUGUGUCACGUAGACGCGUGUUUUGGCGGCUAUAUGUUACCCUGGGUGGAGAAGCUGGGAUACCAAGUGCCUGAAUGGGACUUCCGGUGUCCUGGAGUGACGUCAAUCUCUGCUGAUUUGCAUAAAUAUGGAUACACUGUCAAGGGAGCCAGUGUGGUGUUGUAUCGCCAUGAUGAGCUGAGAAAACAGCAGAUCUACACUUUCGGCGGAUGGCCCGGGGGUCUUUACGGCAGUCCUUCCAUGGCGGGCAGCAGACCAGGCAGUAACAUCGCCGCCGCCUGGGCCUCCUUGCAGUCCUUGGGAGAGGAAGGGUUCAUGGCAAAGGCCAAACAGCUGAUGGAAAUCACAGACAAGCUCAAAGACGGGGUCAGCAAGAUUGACGGGCUGAAAAUCUUGGGCCAACCACACCUGACCUGUUUUGCCGUGGGGUCAGCCCACCCCGACCUUGACAUUAUGGCAGUCGCUGACCUGAUGGAGAAGAAAGGCUGGACAAUAGAGAGGAACCAGCAGCCGGACUCCUUGCACUGUUCCAUCCUACCUCACCACCAGGCCUCGGCCGACGUGUUCCUCGAGGAUAUCGCGGACUGCGCGGCUCAGGCUAUGGGUAAAGGAAAGGGAACAAGAUCAACCCAUCCAAAGUUCAACAUAACCGCUGGGAACAGUAAAGCGGAAGGUGCUGGGCCCCGAGAAAAAGAUCAACUUAACGGAAGGUCAACUCCAUAG